UGCGCGCUCCGGCGGGCUCCGGCGGGCUCGGCGGCGGCGUUGGCGGCUGCUGGCGGGCGGGCGGGCGGGCGCGCGCCGAGGGCGGGCCCACCGGCAGCAGGUGGGCGGGGUGCGGGCCGGCCGCGGCGGGCGGGGGCUGCCAGGCUGCGCUGGGCCGGGCGCGGCGGGCGGUGCGGCGCGCCAUGGACUUCAACAUGAAGAAGCUGGCGUCGGACGCGGGCAUCUUCUUCACCCGGGCCGUGCAGUUCACAGAGGAGAAAUUUGGCCAGGCUGAGAAGACAGAGCUUGAUGCUCACUUCGAAAAUCUUCUGACCCGGGCAGACAGCACCAAGAACUGGACGGAGAAAAUUCUGAGGCAGACAGAGGUGCUGCUGCAGCCCAACCCCAGUGCCCGGGUGGAGGAGUUCCUGUAUGAGAAGCUGGACAGGAAGGUGCCCUCUCGGGUCACCAACGGGGAGCUGCUGGCUCAGUACAUGGCAGAGGCGGCCAGCGAGCUGGGGCCCACCACCCCUUACGGGAAGACAUUGAUCAAGGUGGCAGAAGCCGAGAAGCACCUGGGAGCUGCAGAGAGGGAUUUCAUCCACACGGCCUCCAUCAACUUCCUCACGCCCCUGCGCAACUUCCUGGAAGGGGACUGGAAGACCAUUUCGAAGGAGAGGCGGCUCCUCCAAAACCGCCGUCUGGACCUGGACGCCUGCAAAGCGCGGCUGAAGAAGGCCAAGGCCGCAGAAGCCAAAGCCACGUGUGAGGGAGAUACGGUGCCUGACUUUCAGGAGACUAGACCUCGUAAUUACAUUCUCUCGGCCAGCGCCUCCGCGCUUUGGAAUGAUGAGGUGGACAAGGCUGAGCAGGAGCUCCGAGUGGCCCAGACCGAGUUUGACCGGCAGGCAGAAGUGACCCGCCUCCUGCUGGAGGGCAUCAGUAGCACUCACGUCAACCACCUCCGCUGCCUCCACGAGUUCGUCGAGUCUCAGACCACUUACUACGCCCAGUGCUACCGCCACAUGCUGGACCUGCAGAAGCAGCUGGGCAGAUUUCCAGGCACCUUCGUGGGGACGACAGAGCCCACCUCCCCGCCUCUGAGCAGCACCUCACCCACCACCACCGCUGCCACCAUGCCUGUGGGGCCCUCUGGGGCUGGACUGGUCCCUCCGGGGGAAGCUGCCCUCUGCCUGGAGGAGGUGGCACCCCCUGCCAGUGGCACCCGGAAGGCCCGGGUGCUCUAUGACUACAAGGCAGCCGACAGCAGUGAGCUGGCCCUGCUGGCAGAUGAGCUCAUCACGGUCUACAGCCUGCCGGGCAUGGACCCCGACUGGCUCGUCGGCGAGAGAGGCAACAAGAAGGGCAAGGUCCCCGUCACCUACUUGGAACUGCUCAGCUAAGCAGGCCCCCGCCCUGGCCCCGCCUGUUCCAGCCUUGGUGGGAGAGGACGG